GGGUGGGUGGGGGGUGAGGGGGAAAGCCUUCUUCCCCUCGACGGCGGCUCGGAGUUCGGCCCCUUCCUUCGCGCGCUCUCUCGCCCGCCCCUCAGCCCCCUGAUGCGGGUGUCCGGGCCGGGUCCCGCGGCGGGCCGCGAGCCCUCGACGCCCGGCGGCGGAGGCGCCGUCGCUGCUGCCUCAGGCGCCGCGGUGCCAGGCUCGGUGCAGUUGGCGCUGAGCAUCCUGCACGCCCUCCUCUACGCCGCGCUCUUCGCCUUUGCCUACCUGCAGCUGUGGCGGCUGCUCCUGUACCGCGAGCGCCGGCUGAGUUACCAGAGCCUCUGCCUCUUCCUCUGCCUCCUGUGGGCAGCGCUCAGGACCACCCUCUUCUCCGCCGCCUUCUCGCUCAGCGGCUCCCUGCCCCUGCUCCGGCCGCCAACUCACCUACACUUCUUCCCCCACUGGCUGCUCUACUGCUUCCCCUCCUGUCUCCAGUUCUCCACGCUCUGUCUCCUCAACCUCUACCUGGCGGAGGUAAUAUGUAAAGUGAGAUGUGCCACUGAACUUGACAAACACAAGAUUCUAUUGCAUUUGGGUUUUAUACUGGCAAGCCUUCUGUUUUUAGUGGUGAACUUGACUUGUGCAAUGCUAGUCCACGGAGAUAUCCCAGAAAAUCAGUUGAAAUGGACUGUGUUUGUUCGAGCAUUAAUUAAUGAUAGCCUGUUUAUUCUUUGUGCCAUCUCUUUAGUUAGUUACAUAUGCAAAAUUACAAAAAUGUCAUCAGCUAAUGUCUACCUCGAAUCAAAGGGUAUGUCUCUGUGCCAGACUGUUGUCGUAGGUUCUGUAGUCAUUCUUCUCUACUCUUCAAGAGCAUGUUAUAAUUUAGUGGUGAUCACUGUAUCUCAGGAUACAUUAGAAAGUCCAUUUAAUUAUGGCUGGGAUAAUCUUUCAGAGAAGGCUCAUAUUGAAGACAUAAGUGGAGGAGAGUAUAUAGUGUUUGGAAUGGUCCUCUUUCUGUGGGAACAUGUGCCAGCAUGGUCAGUGGUACUGUUUUUCCGGGCACAGAGAUUAAACCAGAAUUUGGCACCUGCUGGGAUGAUAAAUAGUCACAGCUACAGUUCCAGAGCUUACUUUUUCGACAAUCCAAGACGAUAUGAUAGUGAUGAUGACUUGCCAAGACUGGGAAGUUCAAGAGAAGGAAGCUUAUCAAAUUCGCAAGGUUUGGGCUGGUACGGCACCAUGACUGGCUGUGGCGGUAACAGUUACACGGUCUCCCCCCACCUGAGCGGGCCAGUGGCAGAUGCUGCGCCUUUGCUCUUUACCUGUGGUAAUUUAGAUGCGAACCACCACCACAGCUUGUAUGUAACACCACAAAACUGACAGCAUUGCCAAGUCAUGAUUCUUGAAUUGUUUUUCACAAACAUGUAUAGUCAAUAUGUUUAAAUUCCAUCUGCAUAAACAUUCCAUUAUCUGUUGCAACUGAAAACAAAGCCUGGAAAUGUGGCUGUGUUCGCUAGAAGAAGCAGCUGUUACUUUUGACCUCUUCAUAGUAAACUGGAAAGUUUGGAGUGGGGAAAAAGAGGGAUUAGAUCUUAAGGCACUUGAUGGCCUCCAAACAUCCUGACUUUGGAACAUCAGAUGCAUAUUUGCACUUUUAUCUUCAUUCUGAAAGAGUACACUGCAGUCCCCAAAGUCAUACUCCAGUGUUUACACUGGGGUAUUUAUAUUGUACACCAAAUUAGGAGGCGAUUUUCCUAUGAAAAUCAAAGCCUGUAUAUUCAAUAAUGGACUCUAUGUGGAAUUCUUACCCAAUAAAAAUUUUACAGUGUCAACAGUGCACAGAAUUAAGGCAUAAAAAAACAUAUCAUUCUUUUGAAAAAUCCACUGAAAAAUGUGUAAUCACUGAAGAUAGUUCUUUUAAGCAUGACUGUAAAAUACCAACUGAAAGUAUUCAUGCAAUCAUUUUUUAAAAAUGAUAGUAAUCUCUUACAGUGAUGAGCAGCAGUUUUCUUUGGAAAGCCACAGUCAUUUCUUCAACAAGAAAGUAGACCAGUGAAAAUUAUGUGGUUACUUCAAGUAGAACUGGUCAAGUGAUUAUUUUGUAUGAUUAUGACAUAUGUAGUAGUUUAAGCAUGAUUCUUCAAGAAAGCAAUAGUGAUUUUUGCAUAGGGAGAUUUUGGUAGAAACUUCUUGGGACAAAAGUUUACAGAGGCAUUUAAGAAUUAUUCAUGAAAUGUACAGUUCAAACAUGAAUACAUAUUCAAAAGCAUUCCAUUUAGCUGAAACAAGAUAUAGCUGACUUACCUAUUGAAUCAGGAUUGUCCUCAGGUAAAUUAAAUCAUGAUACAUUAGUGCAGUGAACAUAAGUGCAAUACUUUGUAAGACAUGAAUUCCCUUUAGUUUUCACAUUUUUAUAUCUUGCAUAUUGGCAAAGCCAAAUUCAAUUUAAUUCAACUUAACUCCAGUACUAGCCUAAAUAAGCAAAUUGAUAUAAAGGUACUAACUAGGUAAGUAUAAAACUAGUGGAAUGAUUAAUAUUAUUGGCAUACUUAGAGAAUUACACUGAAACGGUCUUGAAUGUCUUAUCCCAAAUCUUAAAAAAAUGAUAAGCUAAGGUAAUAGAGAAUUUCUAAAUGCACUUUCUACCAGUGUCUAUAUGGAAAUAAGUAGAUGUGGAAUACCUCAAGAUGUCAAGGGAACAGGCAACAUUGAGAAGUCACAACAUACUUAAAGAUAACUAACUGUACACAAUUGUCUGCCGAUGUUUCUUCAGAACUGGAACUAAUACAAUUGUCCUUUUCUGUCUUCUAUUUGAACAGAAAAUUAUGUCAUUUCUACUCCUCCUUGAAAUACUCAACUUUUUAAUAAUCGAUGCAGUAACUUCAGAAAAGUCUAACAGUAGGUAAAACCCCAAGGAAUAAAUGAAAUUUUUAGUGCUUUUGCUCUUUUGGGAAGUUGGUACAUAACCAAACAUAUUUCUUUUUAUCAUACAAAAUUACUUUGAGUUUAAUCAGAAGCAUAAACCUGUAGGUACACGUUACUUUGGGUUUAUUUGUAAGUUCUUACUGUAAGCAAACUAUUUUAAAAUUUAUACUGCAGAGGUUUUUACAUGGCAAUGUAAUAUGCACUUAACUGAGUAUAUUUUGACUCCAACUUCAGUUAUUAGAUUUCAGAAUGCUGAUUAUUUUCCUGAUUGUUAGGUAUCUAACUGUAUAGUUAUCUGAAAAAGAUAUGUGUUCCUGGUUAAUCCUUGGGGUUCAAAAUAAAUAGGGUAAAUUUUUCUGUAAGGCUUCUUUAGAUAAUGUUCCUAUUUGCCAGAUAAGCUAACUUUUAAUUUUUUUUUCAGAUAAAAUAACUUGGUUCUUUCAUUUGGAUUAGUUGAUUCUUCCAAAUCUGAGAUUCGUUUAUUGUAAUCACUGACAAGAGUACCUGAAUUCUUGAAUUUGUCUCCUUAUACACAUCACUCAUAAUACAUCACCAAAGACGACGGAGAAAGAUAAGCUUCUGGCCCAAUUUUUGCUUAAAAAUUCCGAAGCACUAGGAGCACUUUAAGUUUGGUCUUGAAAGGAGGAGUUGUUUAUAAAAUCAAAGGGCUACCGAUUCCCUGUUCAUCCUGCACUGAAGCACAUAAUGACAACUUCAAACCUUCGUUUUCGGUUUAGUAAUUAGAACAGUGAAUGCCAUUGCUUACGUGUGUGAUUCUACAGUGAUUAGCAGUACCAGUUUUUAUUGUUUCAUUUGGGUGCCCAAUAAUUUUGAAACUCUUACCACUCAUAUAGCUGGUUGUAGUUUUAUGAAGAUGUAAUUUAUAGCUAAGUGGCUUUUUUAUGUAUAGCUACCUUUUUUAUUGUUUAACUGUUUCUCAGCUAUAUAAUCAGUUUCAAACUGGUUGAAAAGUAUAGCUGUGGCCAAUGAAUGUAUUUAUUUGUUUCACUAAAUUGUAACAAAACACUACUGUUAAAAAUAAAAGUGUUUGUGCUUUUA